AUCUCAUCAUGGCGGAUCCUAGAGAAAAAGCGAUUCAAGAUUACCGCAAGAAAUUGCUCGAACACAAGGAAUUAGAUGCUCGUUUGAAAGAAAUGAGAGAGCAUCUGAAGGAGCUGACCAAGAAGUAUGACAAGUCUGAAAAUGAUCUCAAGGCUCUCCAGAGUGUUGGUCAGAUUGUGGGAGAGGUCCUAAAGCAGCUGACUGAAGAAAAAUUCAUCGUGAAGGCAACGAACGGACCUCGCUAUGUAGUAGGCUGCAGACGAGGUCUGGAUAAAACCAAGCUCAAGCAGGGUACCAGGGUAGCUCUAGAUAUGACAACAUUGACUAUUAUGAGGUAUCUACCAAGGGAGGUUGAUCCUAUGGUAUAUCACAUGUCACAUGAAGACCCUGGUGAUAUCUCCUACUCUGCCAUCGGUGGUCUAGCAGAACAGAUCAGAGAACUCAGAGAGGUGAUUGAACUGCCGUUGUUGAAUCCAGAACUGUUUGAGAGAGUUGGUAUCACACCGCCCAAAGGCUGUCUCUUGUAUGGAGCACCAGGUACUGGGAAGACCUUGCUUGCCAGAGCAGUGGCCAGUCAGCUGGAUGCAAAUUUCCUCAAGGUUGUUUCCAGUGCUAUAGUAGACAAGUACAUUGGUGAGAGCGCCCGUCUGAUCAGAGAGAUGUUUGCCUACGCUAGGGACCAUGAACCUUGUGUUGUCUUCAUGGAUGAAAUCGAUGCUAUCGGAGGCAGGAGAUUCUCAGAAGGCACAUCGGCCGAUAGGGAGAUCCAGAGGACCUUGAUGGAGCUGUUAAACCAGAUGGAUGGAUUUGACACUCUUGGUAAAGUGAAGAUCAUCAUGGCGACCAACAGACCUGAUACGUUAGAUCCAGCUCUACUCAGGCCUGGUAGACUUGACAGAAAGAUUGAAAUCCCACUUCCCAAUGAGCAAGCCAGGCUAGAGAUUCUGAAGAUCCAUGCAGCUCCCAUCACCAAGCAUGGAGAUAUAGAUUAUGAAGCUGUGGUAAAAUUAUCAGAUGGAUUCAACGGUGCAGAUCUCAGGAAUGUGUGUACAGAAGCAGGUAUGUUUGCCAUCAGAGCGGAACGAGAGUACGUGGUCGACGAGGACUUCAUGAAAGCCGUCAGGAAAGUCUCGGAUAACAAGAAACUGGAAACAAAACUAGACUACAAACCUGUAUAAUAGUUCGCAAGAAGUAGUAUAAAUUCACCCAAUCUAAUGUGAUGGUAUGCUAGACUAUCGUAUAUUAAUUCCAAUUAGUUAUAGCUGGUAAACAGCAUACAGGAGAUCAAGAGUUGAGAGGAUGUCUUGUCUGUUUAGAGCUGCAGGGUCAUGUAGUUAUACACUCAAACAGAGUUAAUGUUCCUCUGGCUCCAAACAGAUGAUAUUUUAAAAAAAGCCCAAACUUAUUCUUCCACUCAACGAUAGGUUCUACUCUGAAGAUGCAUAUGCAGAUUUGGUUGCAAGAUGCCACCAUUGUAGCCCUUUUAGGGACAUUUCAUGAUCUAUUCACAGGAAACUAUUCCCAAAUCUUAUUUUUCAUGUGAUCGCCAUCUCAAAUAAAAUCCUCUGCACCUGAAGACAGGUUAUCAUAUGUGUUUAUGCUGACCAGUGCAUGAAGACCACACAUUACCUUUUUCUAGAAAAACACUGCUCAACUUGGUCUCUAUAGGCAAGUGGUCUUUAUAUAUGCUAGCAGGAGUACUGUAUCCUUGAGAUAUGAAUUACUCAUUUUCGCGUGUAAUAGUCAAUUUAUUUGAAAGCAUUUGUAAAAUUGCAUGAAUUUUGCAAAUAUUCUUUACUGGUAUAAUUUUGCUUUUAUUUUUAUCCCCUCAAUGAUUUAAACAGAGAUAUGAUUUUUUGUAAAAGAAUAAAAGUGAUCACUGAUAUUUCUAGCCAGUAAUAAAAAAAAAAAAAAAACACUUAAAUUUUGGUGUAACAACAUUCAACAAGUUAAUGCAUGUUGAAAAGUAUUUGAAAGCUACAAGUCAAUGGAAGUUUGUAGGAUAUUGUACUGAUCUGAUGUGUCAAAGAGAUACCGAAGUGCAUCAUGUAAAAUGGGAGUUUCCUUCUGAAUUUGAGAUCAGUAAAUUGCCCAUUUUCUAAAAGAUGCAUGUGGCAAAGAUCAUGGUACCAGGCAGGGCCCAUUGCACAAAACUUACCAUUGACGGUAACUUUGCCAUCAAUGUUAACUACCAUGGAAACCUUGAUUUUCAUUGGCUGUUGAGCCCUGUUACCAUGGUAGUUGCCAUUGAUGGUAACUUUUAUGCAACUGGCCCAGAUGUGAAAACACUCACAUAUACCUCUUUUUUUUUGGGGGGGGGGGGGGAAGGGGGAACAAUAAGGAGCGCUCUGUUACUCAUUUCUUGCUGAAUUUAUGCCAAUUGUAAUUUCCAGAAUUGUUAUAGUUUCCAUUAUGAUGGUUGAACAUUUUGAUAAACUUAUGAUGUGAAUAAAUGCCAUUGUCUUGAAUACUUAAGAUUGAGUUAUUAACAAAACACAUGUAUAAUUUGUGUUGUAUUCCAGUUUCUCGAGGUAGGGUAUAAUAUUGUUUGUCACAUUUUUGUUUGUACAUUGUAAGACAUUAAAUUUCUGUACAUGAAA